GAUCAACAACAAAUUGCCAUCUGAUCGGUAAUAUGUCGUCGUUCACAGAUGCGAAUUUUGUAAAGAAGCUUUCUGAACUCAAUAAUACACAACAGAGCAUACAGACGCUAUCAUUAUGGUUAAUACAUCACAGAAAGCAUUCUAAAACCAUCGUAGAUGUAUGGCAAAGGGAAAUGUGCAAAGCUAAAAUUAGUAAGAAACUGGUGUUUGUUUAUCUAGCUAAUGAUGUCAUUCAAAACAGUAAAAAGAAAGGACCUGAGUUCACAAAAGAUUUUAUGACUGUUUUGCCAUCUUCCAUGAAAGUGAUUUCUAAUGAAACAGAUGAAAAACUAAAAGGAUCUGUUGGCAGAGUUUUGGCUAUUUGGGGAGAGAGAGGAGUCUAUGAAAAAGAAUUUGUAGCUGAUCUUCAAAAACAGUUGACUGGUUCACCAAGUCAACCAACAACAUCUUACAUUCCUCCUCCUGAGAAAAAAACACCAAGUCGGAAAAGUUCCCUUAAAACAGAUAGUAAAUCAGAUCAACCACCCAGUAAAAAGAAGAAACAGAUAUUAAGUUUAAAGGAAGAAGUAGAUGCUCUGUUAGAAGGACAAGAUCCAGUCAAACCAGAUGCUGAGGAAUUAAUGAAGCGGUUGGCAGAUUUAGAAACUACAGCCUCUGGUGAUGCUGGUGUUCGAGAAAAAAUAGCUGCUUUACCACCUGAAGUAUCUGAUAUGUCUAAUCUAGAAAGAAUUACCGAUAAAGAAUCGGCUGAUAACCUGUCGGCAACAGUGGAUGAAGCAUGUAAAUUAUUAGCUGAGUAUAAUGUACGUUUAGAUGCUGAAUUACAAGAGAGAAAACAAGUAGCUGUCAUGCUACGUAAUUUUAUUACAACACAGAAAGAACAGCUACAACAUGUGGAAUCUAAACUUAUGGAAUAUAGAUUAAAAUUAUCUAAAAUGAAUGCUAUACGUCAUGAAUUAAAGUCCCAUGUACAGAAUUUACCUGAUUUAACAUUAUUACCAGAUGUAACUGGUGGUUUGGCCCCUUUACCGUCUGCUGGGGAUCUCUUCUCAUUAUAAUACUAGCUGAUGAUUGAUUACCUCAUUCCGUAUAUGCAGUGUCCUAGCUUAUCAGUUGAUAAAUGAUUUAAAAUCAAGUUAACCACCAAGGUGAAACUUCCUGUUAGCUUCUUUCAGUAUAUAACCUUUUACAAAAAUGUAUUCUAUUGAAAUAAGCAAGUUUUAGUUCUAAACGGCUAUGUCAAAUUGUACAUCACAAGUCAUCUACUCAAGUUGAUCAAUAUAUUUUGUUUGCACUUCAUAAAGAUUCCUGCUCCGCAAUCAAUUUGAUCAAGCCAUUGAAUAAUAGUUACUUAUUAUUUCUUGCAUGGGGAAUAAGAAUUGCUUAAAAGUGCUUUAAUAUGUAGCCCAUUUGUUUAAAAGUAUGGGAGAAAUAUGUUUGCUUCUGUUUUGGUUUAAAGAUAUCCAAGAUUCUAAUAAUUACAUGAUUAGAGGACAUAUCCCAACUACCAGGAAAAUAUAUAUACUGUUAUACGAGUUAUUAUGAGCAUUUUAACCACUUUCACAGUCAAUCAUUAUAUUUUUUAAGCCCUGAUAAAUAUUAGAUUUUCUGUUAGAAGCAAAGUUACAGGUUGCAAUUGUUGAGGUAAAUAACCUUGUGGGGACAUAUCUUUAAACACAGUAAAUAUUAUCUUCAUUCAAAUGAUAAGUUUUUGUAAAUGGGAUUUAAACAUGUUAAACUGGUUCGGCACUAAUAAAAUGCAUUUGAUGAUCUCAGAUGGAACUCUUAUUUAGACAUUAUGUUUUCUUGAUCAAAGCUUCAUGUUUGUUGGAUAAUUUUUAUUUUAACAGUUACAUUUUAUCUCAAAUAUCCAUAUUGGCAAACUUAGCCAUAAUAUCUAUAAUAUUAAACAUGCAUCUUUUAAUGAUUGAUUAUGUGGUGUUCUUGUUACAAAGCUAUAUUAAGAUUAAAUAUUUGUAUUGUUCCAUGAUAUGUAAUUCUGAAAUAAGACCUGAAUUAGAUGUGACCCAUCACAUCGAAACGGGUAGUAAGUCGCAUAGGCCUGUAUUGUGCUAGCACUCAUGAUAAAAAGAUGUGUAAAUUUUGGUCGACUCUCAGAUCUUCACAUAAAAGCUUCAUAAAUACCUCAUUUAUAUAUUCCAAGAAUGGUUUUGCUAAGGAAAUUUUAUCUUUCAAUAACUCAUUUUUAACCUUGAUUUUCUCAAAAUCUAGUUUUGAAAUUCUACAUUGUCACUUACUUGGAUGAUUAUUUGACGUCAAUGUCUUUAAUACAUAGAAACAACUUUAUGACUAUAAAUGGCCAUAAGGACAAUUGUAAUAAUACAUGGACUGUAAACAUUUGUUAUGGUUAUGGGCACCCCUCAAAUGAGAAGUGAUAUAAGAUGUUCUAAAAAGAGUAAGCAUUGUAAGUAAAAGACCAUUGAUGGUUUUAUCAAGAUGAUGAUCAUUAUACUUGAAGAUUUUUUUCUUAAAACAGUAUUAUUAUUACUUUUCAUGUAGAUUUCGUUUUUUAAGAUUUAGAGUUAAAUCUAUAUGUAAGAUUUUUUUUUUAACUAUUUGUGUGUAACUUGAUUUCAUAGUUUGUUUUUGAAAGCAUAACGAUGUUGAUAAUUUUAUGAAGUUGAAUUAGAUGGGAUUUCUGUAGAACCAACUUGGAUAUUAUUUUUUGUGCCUUACUUAUACUGUAUAACAGUAUAUUAUUGUAUAUAGUAAAAAGAUUAAACUAUUUGAUUAUGUUCAA